CUGCCAGCAGGAGGGCUGCUUGCACAGUCCGGGAGCCCCUGAACCGGGGAGCGCGGGCCUGGGGGCGCCCCUAGGUUGUGGUUGGUGUAAAGCGCUGAACGACUUUAGCAAGAUCUGCCGUCCUGGUGUGCUGUGGACAACCCCAUGGGCUUCUUGAUCGCAUCUUUCCCUCUUUCUCGAUAGAGGCUGUCUGGGGUUGUGGUUGGAUUGGGUUGGAGUCUCCCAGGGUCUCUUCCCCUCUUCCCCCUAACCCCGCCCCUGUGUCUCGGAGAAUACAGAGAACAAACACCUGGGGAAACUAAGACGGGAGGGACAUGGGCCAGAAAUGAUGCACUGACUCACCUCCAGGCUUAGGCAGAGGAAGCGGAGGAAACCGUGGCAGACUGUUUCUAGGCUUUCCAGCUAGAUCAUGUCCCCCGCCUCCUUUUAUAAAGAUCUUUACUAAUAGACGAAGAAAUCAGGAUGUUAGCUUGUGGUACUGUAAUUCACCAAGAGUGUGUGUGGUGUGCUUCCCGAAGGGUACUUUGCGUCAACAAAGAAAGAUGCAGUCUUCACAUGAUAAAAAGUUGGAAAAACUGGACCCAUUUUAUAGACGUUCAUUAUCCAAGCAGAAGACGAGUGCAGAAAUCAUCAACGAAGCACGAAAUGCAUUAAGGACAGUUAGAACUGAAAGACCAUUUACACCACGUGAAGAUCAAAGAAAACUUUUUGGACCUGCAUCUUCAAGAACAGCAGAUAAUAGACCUCCUUCUUCUUUUAGCCUUCAUGCUUCCAGCUUUGAAUCAUCUGAUUCAAGACCAAUUUCUGGUACUCGUCUCAGUCCACUAGAGCUUAAACCUAAAGUUCUUGCAUCCCUAUCUAAAGAAGAUGAAGCUUCUAUUUCCUUUCCUAAGCCUCCAGUGGACCCUGUGAAGAUUAGAAGAGUAAGCAGUGCCCGUGCACGUUUAUUCAAGGCAUCCUCUCAGGGAAGUCUCCUUCCAGACAAAAUAUUUCAUCUUGAUGAGUCAAAGAAGAGAUUGAAAUCUGAGGACACCAUUAUCAUUCGGGAUUCUUCAGUGAAAAUAAAUGGAAUUUGUCUGACAGAAUUAAAUUCCAUUGGUCAUUUUAACAGUAAUGAUCCUCAGUUAACACAUGAUGGAGACCUAAAUGAAACCAGUGAACAGGCCAUUUUGAAAGGGAAAGCAACAUCAACAGCAGCCCAUCUCAGAAGUGGAGGUGAUCUGACGAAAAGAUGUGCCAGGGCUUCCCCGUUUCUGGUCAGUACUAACAAGAAUACAUUGGAAUCGGACAAAGAGGUUCAGAGGAGCUCUGAAGAAAUAGAGACAGAAGCAGAAACGGAAGAGGAAGAAGCCUUUUGGAGUACAAGGAUCUUACCCGUCUUACAUGAAUUAGAAAAGGAAGACAAUAUUGAAAAUUUUUGUGUUGCCUGCACCCAGCUUCAUCAAGCUUUAGAGGAAGGAAGCAUGCUUGGAAAGAGAUUUAAGAAAAGGAGUGUACUUCUGAAGACUUUAUAUAAACUAGUUGAUGUUGGUUCAGACUUGCUUAGCCUAAAACUUGCGAAAAUUAUUCUAGCUCUUAAAGUAAGUGGAAAGAAUCUUCUCAAUGUCUGUAAACUCAUAUUUAAAAUUAGCAGGAGUGAGAAGAAUGAUUCUCUCAUCCAAAACGAUAGUAUUCUUGAUUCAUUGUUGGAGGUGCUACGAGUAGAAGACCUUCACACUAAUAAUGAGGCUUUUUUGUACUGCAUGGGGGCUAUUAAAUUCAUUUCUGGGAAUCCAAGAUUUCUUAAUGAAAUGAUCAGCAAAGGUGUUGUUGAAAUGCUGUUACAUUUGAUGAAGCAGAUAAAUGAGAACGCGAGGAAAUCUGAGGCAUGGUCCUCCAGCUCAGGGCACUUGUUAGUCCAGAUUACUGCUACCAUGAGAAAUUUGGUUGAUGUACCUCUGGCAAGGUGUAAAUUGUUGAACAACAAUGCCCUUCCAGAGCUCUGUGGAGUGAUGGAACAGUAUGCAAAUGAUAAGGAUGUCUGCACCAACAUUGCUAGGAUAUUAAGCAAACUUUCUUCCUGUCAUGAUUGCUGUGCAGCCUUGGCUGACUGUUCCAGAUGUUAUGCCUUAUUUUUGAGCCUGAUAAACCAGUAUGAGAAGAAGCAGGAUUUAGUUGUUCGUAUUGUUUUCAUUCUUGGCAACCUAACCGCGAAAAAUAAUCAAGCCCGGGAACAGUUUUCUAAGGAGAAAGGUUGCAUCCAAACCCUCUUAUCAUUAUUCAGUACUUACUAUGAAAUGGAUUUGAAUUCUAUGAAAAGGAUGGAUGAAGAGGAAGAAAAGAACAAAAAACAGGAACAGCCUUCUGAGGUGGAAGAUGUCCUCAUAAAGGUGAUCCGAGUACUGGCCAAUAUAUCCCUUCACCCCAGCAUAGGGGCAGCUUUGGCUGCGAACCAGCAAGUAGUGGCGCUACUUAUCACGACGCUGGAAUAUAAAUCUAUUGAUAAAUGUGAGGAACUGGUAAUUAAUGCUACAGCAACAAUCAACAACUUGUCUUUCUACCAAGUGAAGAAUUCUGUUAUUCGUGACCGAAAGCUGCGCAUCGCCGAAUUGCUCUUAAAGCUUCUAAUGAGCAGCAACAUGGAUGGAAUCCUGGAGGCUGUGCGAGUCUUUGGCAAUCUUUCCCAAUAUGAUGAGAUUUGUGACUUCAUUGUACAGAAAAAUGUCUACAAAUUUAUGAUUGCAUUGCUGGAUGCUAAGCACCAAGAUGUUUGCUUUUCUGCCUGUGGAGUUCUCCUAAACCUCACUGUCGACAAAGACAAGCGUGUAAUCCUAAAAGAAGGGGGCGGAAUUAAAAAGUUGGUGGAUUGUUUAAGAGACUUUGGCCCUACCGAUUGGCAGCUGGCCUGCUUGGUUUGUAAAACAUUAUGGAAUUACAGUGAAAAUGUCCCGAAUCCUUCCUCGUGUUUUGGAGAUGAGGACACGAAUGCACUCUUAGUCUUAUUGUCAUCAUUUUUAGAUGAAGAACUAGCAUUGGAUUAUAGUUUUGACAGAGACUUAAGAGACUAUCACAAACUUUAUUGGGAAACAGAAUUCAAACCUGUGGCACAGCAACUUCUUAAACGUUUUCAGAGCCAUCACACCUUCCUUGAACCUCUAACUCUUCCUUCUUUUUAAUAUGGUAAAAGUCUGGUAGGUGAUUAACAAUAUAAAGAUGAAUUCAAGUCAGGUCUUUUCAUAAAAAGUAAUAAAUUCAGACACUUUUUCAUUAAUAAAUAUUGAACAAUUCAUUUAUCAUCAGGUACUGCUUUUUAGAGAGUAGACUUAAAUGGAGCGAGUAGUUCCCGCUGUAAUCGAUAUAUUACAAAAAAUGAAUGUAAACUGUUCAACUUUCUACUCUAAGAAAUUUAAGAUAAACUACUUUCAUUAUUUUUCUAAUGAAAUGAUUCUCUCUUCUAUUAAAGAUUUAAUAGUUUCAGCCUUUUUCUAUAGCACAUAUUCUGGAAUCUAAAUUCUUGACAGUUUAAUUUGUUCAUUACUAAACGAGAUAUGCAUUGUCGAUGAAACCCUUUAAAUCUGAAUGUAGUACUAAAACAGCAGUACAUUUUAAAAAGAACAAGUUAGCUAAUUCACACUUUUAUCUGCCGUGAAUUCCUUUUCUGAUACAGUGGCUUUUUGGGGGGAAGGGGAAGGUGGGGUGGGAUCAUGUUAGGGUUAAAACAAGAUCCAUAACAAAAGGAGGCUUUGGUUUCCUACUGCCCUGUCCAAAUCACUAAAUAUCCCUAAUAGCACUAGUUGAACAAAGCCAACUGCCUUUCCUUUUGGUUACUUUGUUUAUUCACAUGCACUUGGUGCGAAGUAGGGGCUUUUCUCUUUGGCUAAAUGCUAAAAACAGAAGAACCAAGACAAAUAUUUUUCUCUCUUUAAAAUAAACACUAGUCACCAAAAGGUCCUAGAAAGAGGGAGUCACUUUUAUUAAACUAUUUAGAAAAUGAA